CCGUAGAAGUUGACGUCUACGACAUGACAACAGAAACCAUAUUCUUCACGUUGCGUUAUAUGUGUGAAGAAGUCAUUGUACCUUCUGGUGGGUUCGAGUAUAAAAACGACUUCUGUCCACAACAACGAAUCACAUUCCCAGAAGGAGCUGUCGAAGGAAACAUGAAAAUAACCAUAAAUACAAUGUCCAUUGAAGGUGAAUGUAAGAGAAAAAGACUGAAAGAAGAAAUGGGAUCCGACACCAGCAUCUCCAGUUUAUCAGAUAUCGUGUAUGUUCACCAUUCGCAGCCAUUCAAGAAAAAGGUUAAACUUCGGCUAAAACUGGAUCCUUUAUUCAGCGAUAAUCAAUCUUCGGAAACCUUCUUGUUUCAUUGUGACGACAAUGGAUGUUUGAGGGUAUUAGAAGAUGUGAAGAUGAGGAAGGUACCUGAGGAGGAAGUAGGGGGAGAUAACCAUAUUUAUGAAGUAGAGGUGGACACCUUUUCAGGAAUCGGAGGGUUCCAUGGUGAUCGCAGAAAAGACUACACCAGAACUCUGCCAAAAAUUUAUGGUUUAGGCAGAGAUCAAUGCAGAAUUCUUGUUUUCCUGUAUAAGGAAGACAAUGAUUUACAUCUUUGGUCGGAUAUUGUUCCCGAGAAAAAAUGGAAAAGAAGGGAACGUGAGCUACAAAAACGGGACGGUCUGAUCUUUCUGAGGAACACAGUAUCUCCUUCUGUGCCUGUGAAGAAUUUUGGCCGCCUUCGAAUUACUGUAUUACACAAUGGAAGAAUGCUAACAGCCCCCGAGGUUCCCUCCAACUCUACUUUCAUGUACUACGAUCGACAUGCCAGGGAAAUCUACAACCACUUCCCGGUUGUUCCAAACAAAGGAAUAACAAAUGAAACGGGGAUUAUUCAGUAUGAAAUAGACACAGCUCCCAGACGCCUCCUACAUACGGCAUACAUUAAUGUUGAUCUUUAUCUGGUCGGACUUCAGGCAUCAGUACGUCAAAUACGACAACAAACACAGCGCCCGAGAACCCAACAGCAGCCAGAUAGACCAAUAUCACGACAACCUGGAGUUCGAAGAACACCACAAGCGGAUGAUGCAAAAGAAUGAUUUUUCCAGUGAACAAAGCUUAUUCUUUCUUGCACGGGAGAUACCGGCAACCAAAGCAUGGGAACUGAUGGUACUACUUGGCCUACGCAC